AUUUGAGGAAUUAGAAUCGGCACUGUUAAAGUAGUUUACGACAAUGCAUGAUCGCAACAUUCCCAUUUCUGGCCCACUUUUGUUAGAAAAAGCACAGCAAUUCGCAGAGAGAUUGGGUACUGUAGAUUUUAAACAAUCGGUUGGUUGGUUAGAUUUAAGCAGAGGCAUGGCAUAUCAUUUAAAAAGGUGUGUGGUGAAUCAAAGUCGGUCGAUUCAUCGUCAGAAGCAAUGACAAACUGGGAACACCUUCUGUCAAACAUCAUUGAAAGAUACGAACCCGCCGACAUUUAUAAUGUUGAUGAGACAGGUAUCUUUUUGAAAUUGGUCCCCGACAAAACUAUGGAAUUUAAAAAUGUGCAGUGUCAUGGGGGAAAACUAAGCAAAGAUCGCCUUACUGUUCUCGUCUGUGCUAACAUGGAUGGCAGUGAUAAGUUACCACUUUUGGUCAUUGGGAAGUCAGCAAAACCUAGGUGUUUUAAGAGUGUAAAAUCGCUACCAACUGAAUAUCAAAGUAACAAAAAAGCGUGGAUGACGGGAGAUAUGUUCACUGAAUGGCUGAAUAAGUUAAAUAAACAGAUGCAACAAAAACGCCGCAAAAUUGCGAUGAUAGUUGAUAAUUGCCCCGCCCACCCAAAAUUAAAAAACCUGAAAGCUAUUGAACUUGUUUUUCUGCCGCCAAAUACCACCAGCCAGACACAGCCCAUGGAUCAAGGCAUCAUUAACAAUCUGAAGUGCCAUUACAAACGACUUGUAAUAAUGAAACAGCUUGCGGCCGCCGAUGACAACACUGAAGUUCAAAUUACCGUACUUGACGCUUUGUACAUGAUGCAGCAGUCCUGGACCAAGUUGACAAAAGCUACAAUUGAGAAUUGUUUUCGCCAUGCUGUUUGCUACGAAUUCAGCGGAAAAUGCAGAUGAUGAUCAUCAAGACGAGGAGAAACUCGAAAAGAAAGAUCCACCCUCUGUGAAGCAGGCUUUGGAAGCAUGCAACGUUCUUUGAAACCAGAGUCAACAGUGAA